AAAACCUUGCAUUCCAACACAGAGACGUUGCUGACAGAAGGUGUCGGGCUGAAGGUCGUGGCUGUUCCCAGCAAGGAUUUUCCCAAUCCAGGCCUCAGAACUUCACUGUGAGUUUCCUAAAUUGCUGUAAAGAGUGGGCAGAAUUUGUGGCGAUACUGAACUAGAUACCCUGUUGAUAAAACGCCCAGGCUGAGAGAGUAAACCAGCCAUGCAGCAAUAGUCCAGCCUUCGCCAACCUGGCACCCUCUGGAUGUUUUGAACUACAACACUCACCAGCCAAGGGAUCUGAUGGAGUUUAUAAAGGUUCCUCGUUGUCUGCUUCGGUGUUAUUAAACAAUCAGACCUGUUGCCAUGGAGAUAGAAGAGCUGGAAGAGGUGGAAAGACACAGUGGGAAAUCAGCCCAUGGCCUCAGGAAGGAUGGUUCUCCACAGGCAAUUUCAUGCCUGGACUUGAUCUGUGAUGAUGAGUCUGAGGCUUCUGACCAUGUGACUGAGAAGGAACCACAAACGCAUUAUAUUCCUAUUCGAAGAAAUUCCAGGUACUAUCGCUCCAUCAGACUUCGGAACAGAGGGAAAGGAAGGAGUAGCAAAGUUCAAACUGAACAUGUUGAAGGCUCACUAAAAAAUGGUAAUACCAGAAAUGAGAUUCUGAACAAAGAAGAAUUGUUACGCAUAUUCCACAAGGGUUUGUCUCUACAUGUAAAACCAGAUAUGACAGCCGCAGAAGAGCAAUGGUUGCAAAGGCUGCUCCCUUCCUACCCCGGUUACCGUGGCAACCGUCCGCACUCCCCCAGCCCCGCGCCUGCUGCGGAAUCGCUCCGCGGCAGUAGCAGCAGCAGCCGCUCGCUGCAAGACUCGCUGCUACGGUCGCUGCUACCGUCGUCGUCGUCGCCACCUCGCAUGGAGCUCUUGGCUGCCGCGCUCAGCGCCGCCUGCGCCCUAGACCACGAAGGCUCCGCGGAGAGCGUGACCGGAGCUCGCCCGGAUGGCAGUGAAUCCCCUUCCAUGGCUGGACCAGUUUCUAUUCUGGAAGAAAGCCCUGUGCAGCCUGACUGCUCUGCAGCUUUCCCUGAGGCACUGCAAAUGAUUCAUCCCAUGACAGCUGACUCCUGGAAAAAUUUCAUUGAGCAAAUAGGGCUCUUGUAUCAAGAAUAUCGGGAUAAAUCUACGCGUCAUGAGAUUGAAACCAGGCGGCUUCAGGAUUCACAGACAGAUACUGAAGAAUGCUCAGUUACUGAAGAGACAUCAUCAGAAAUAGAACCUACAAAUUCUGGAGAAAGCAAAGCUGUUCCCCAGAUAAACUUGCUCAGGAAUUCCACUUCCAGGUUUAAUUUGUGGCAAGAUCUUCCAGAAGUCAGAAGCAGUGGUGUUCUGAAUAUUCUCCAGCCAGAUGAGAUCAAACUUCAAGAGGCCACGUUUGAAUUGGUCACUUCAGAAGCUUCGUACUACAAGAGCCUGAACCUUCUGAUAAAUCAUUUCAUGGAAAAUGAGCGAUUGAAAAAGAUUCUACAUCCUUCAGAAGCUCAUAUCCUCUUCUCCAAUGUCCUAGAUGUCAUGGCUGUCAGUGAGCGUUUCCUCUUGGACCUUGAGAAGCGGGUAGAAGAGAACAUUGUGAUCUCAGAUGUUUGCGACAUUGUCUAUCAGCAUACUAUUAAUCAUUUCUCAGUGUAUGUAACCUAUGUCUCCAACCAAACCUACCAGGAGAGAGCUUACAAGCAACUUCUCCAGGACAAGCCAGCUUUCCGGGAGGUGAUUUCACAAUUGGAACUGGAUCCGAAAUGCAAAGGUCUGCCUUUCUCGUCAUUCUUGAUUUUGCCUUUUCAAAGGAUCACUAGGCUGAAGCUGCUGGUACAGAAUAUCCUUAAGAAAGUGGAAGAAAAGUCUGAACGUGAAAUCACUGCUCUUGAAGCUCACAAGGAACUGGAAACAGUGGUGAAGGCAUGCAAUGAAGGUGUUAGAAAGAUGAGCCGUACAGAACAGAUGAUCAGCAUCCAGAAGAAGUUAGAAUUUAAGAUCAAGUCUGUACCCAUCAUCUCUCACUCUCGUUGGCUGCUAAAGCAGGGAGAACUCCAGCAAAUGAAUGGCCCCAAAACAUCACGUACCUUGCGUACAAAGAAGCUCUUCAGAGAAAUCUAUUUGUUCCUCUUCAAUGAUUUGCUAGUGCUCUGCAGACAAAUUUCUGGUGACAAAUACCAGGUGUUUGACUCUGCUCCGCGAGGACUUCUCCGGGUGGAGGAGCUGGAAGACCAAGGACAGAGCUUGGCCAAUGUCUUCAUCCUGAGGCUGCUGGAAAAUGCAGAUGAUCGUGAAGUCAGCUACAUGCUAAAGGCAUCAUCCCAAAGCGAAAUGAAGCGAUGGAUGAUCUUGCUGGCUCCAAAUCGGCGAACCAAGUUUGUUUCCUUUACAUCCAGGCUUAUGGAUUGCCCUCAAGUACAGUGUGUCCAUCCUUAUGUGGCUCAGCAGCCAGAUGAGCUGUCGCUGGAACUUGCUGAUGUACUGAACAUCCUGGAAAAGACAGAUGAUGGUUGGAUAUUCGGGGAGCGUUUGCAUGAUCAAGAGAGAGGUUGGUUCCCCAGCUCCAUGGGUGAAGAGAUCAUGAACCCCAAGAUUCGAUCUCAGAACUUAAAGGAGUGUUUCCGGGUGCACAAAUCAGAUGACAGUCAGCGGAGGAAGAUGGGCAGCAGGAAUAGACAAUGAUCACUGCAUACAGUUAUCCGUUGUUGUUCUUCAGAAGCAAUUAAUGGCAGAGGCUGAGACAAUGGGAGGUGGCAAAAAUAUCAGUUUUUCUCAAGCAAGUCCUCUCACCUCCAUACUAACUGGCUUCUUUGCACACUUGGCACACCAUGGAUAAUAUAUCUGAUGAUGGACUUGAAAAGAGGUUAAGCUGCUAUGUGCCUGUACAGAUCUAGGAGCUGUAAAAUGUAAUUUCCUACUGUACUGCAAAGAGUGUAAAUCUCUUAACUCUGCAUGGUGAGGAAACAGUGAAUGCUGAUCAUCUGGGAAAAGUAUGUCAAGGCCCAAGAGGCUAGCAGCUUGAUUCUAUAACAUUCCAUCAAAUGGCACGAGGUACAGUGUUUGAUUUUCCAGGGGCAACAUAGAUUUCAAGAGUUUAGGAGCAUACCACCUUUGAAAGUGUGUGUGGUUAAACUGUCAGCAUCCACAUCUCUGUACUCAGGAAGUUUCUCCUUGGAAGCUGAGUUUGGACUACCCACACAGGCACACUAACAGCUAUCUCUCAUAUGAACGCUUCAGUGGAACACAGGUAAAAAUAAAUUAUUCCAAAGCACAUUCUUCAGUGGUACAAAAUAUUUCAUAGAAUUCAUUCACCUGUACUCUUGGGCCACCCUGAAGGAAACUUUGAACUCCCAAUUUUUAGAAGGCAAUACGGAAGCAGAGAAGCUACAUAGUUUAAGACAGGAGUGGGAAACCUCUUUUAGCCCAAGGGUCACAUUGUUUCAUGAUCAGCCUUCUGGGGGCCAUGCAAUAGCUGCAGCUUACCUUUGAACAGGACACAACAUUUCAGCCAGGUGAAAGCCAGGGGUGCCUACACACACCGCUCUCCAUCCAGACAAGCAAGAGGCAUUAUCACAGUUCAAGAACACUUCCAGCCAGGCCAAAGAACUUGAGGGGGGCAUGGAGCAUUGCUGGUAAUGGUCAGGGUCUGGGGAAGAAGGGGUGCAUCCUGAGGAAAGUCCCAAGGGCAAGAUAGAGAGGUCGGGAGGUCCAUGUUUGGCCCCUGGGCCUGAGGUGCCCCAGCCCUAUCCUAAAUUAAGAGUAUCCGUUCUAGAGGAAGAACUCACAGCCCUAGUUCACUGCCUGGCACAUGCCUGUCAAAGUGCAAACUUGACUUUACCAUCAUACUGAACUAGACUAACUGCCUAUCAGUUCUGGUCCUGUAUGAGCAAGAAUUCUAUGCUAUAAUAACUAACAAUGCAGUCCUAUAGAUUUUUACUCAUAAGUAAGACCCAUUGAAUUCAGUGAGCUUUACUCCUAGGUAAGAGUGUAUAGCUUGCAGUCUAAUUGCAUAUACGUAUCACAACAAAGUUCUUUGAGAUUCCUAUUCUUGGCUAUCACAAACAAUGGAGAGAUAUUGUGAGAUGGUGGCAGAAUGGGUAGUUUAUACUUAGGAUUUCCUUGCCCCUAAAUGAACUCUAUACUGAAUUAUGUAGAGUAAGCAAAAACAUGGAAUAGUAUCCCAUAAGUAUGUCUCACUGCUUGGCUCUGUUGCACAUACUAAGGAAUUGCUCGUCUGUGGAAAAGGAAAAAAAACACCACUAAGAACAGUGAAGACAAUAUUGUUGACAGCCAACUCAUGAUAUUCUACAGAGACACUAAAUCUGGGGAGCUAGAGAAUUCAUUUAGGUCCAACAAAAUUCUGUAUUACAUCACUUUUCCCUGGUGUAAAUAUGGAUUCUGGACACAGUACUUUAAUAUUUCUGUCAAAUUCAGAGAGUUUUGAAUGGAAUGCAUUCUUGCCAAUACAAGUGGAUUACACUCUCAUAAUGAUUCAGUAGUCAUGCAAAGAGGAACAACAAAAAAGAUUUGAGGCAAAAGAUUGCACACUUUUGUACUAAAUGUCGUCUGCGAAAGUUUUACUAAAGCAAUAGGAAGACCUGUUGCACAUUAGCUGGGCAUUGAUUCUCAGCUAUGUACAUGAACUCUGUAUAAUACUUUCAAGCUGGUGUAUAUAGGAAAUUCUUAAAGAGCCAGAAGGAAUAACAACAUAUCUCCUCCUUUACUACAAAUGUUAUGAUCAGCAACAAGAUGCUUCUGGAAGGAAGAGAAGAUGAACAAUAGAGGGGAUUUGACUAAGGACAAUCAUCUAGUCAACCAUGAGACUGAGAUCAACAAAUUAAAGAUUGUAAAGCACUUUGCAUAUUAAAAGUGUUCUAUAAAUAAAAACUGAUAA